AAAGCACAUAAAACUUUUAUUUCUCUCUCUCCCCCUCAAAAAUUUCACUUUCGUCUUCCCGCCAUUAGCUUCCCUCUCACUGCCCAAAUUCUUCAAUCACAUUUUAAAAGUUUGAACACUUCUUUCUCUUUCUGUAUUCCAACCAGUGAGUGUCUCUCUCCAAACAGAUACAAGAUUGUAACUAUCUGGGUACAUGUUUGCCUUGAGGGGAACAACAGAGUUAUCUGGCUUUUUUAGGAAGAGAAUUUGUAGUGCUGUCGAUUUUUACACUUGAAAAAUUUGACUAAUAGACUUUCCUGAAACUACUUCACAUUGAGGAUGGAGUGCAAUAAAGGUGAGGCCACCCGAGCCAAAGGGAUUGCAGAGAAGAAGAUGGAGAACAAUGACUUUGAAGGGGCAAGAAAGAUUGCUUUGAAGGCACGAAAUCUUUACCCUGAACUUGAGAAUAUAGCACAAAUGCUGGCCAUAUGUGAUGUUCACCGUGCUGCUAAAAAUAGGAUUUUGGGAUCCGAAAAGGACUGGUAUGAAAUCCUUGGGGUUGAAAAGUUGGCUGAUGAAAUAACCAUCAAGAAACAAUACCGACGACUUGCACUUGUUCUUCAUCCCGAUAAAAACAGAUUUCCUGGUGCAGAAGCUGCUUUUAAGCUGAUUGGGGAAGCAAAUUUAGUGCUUACAGACCCAGCAAAGAGGUCUUCAUUCGAAAGUAAGAUUAGAGUUUCAGUUAGAUCAACUCCAUCAAAUCAACCUCCUCAUGACGUAAUCAUAGAUCCUUCUUUAAAGAAACAAUAUGGAUUUCAAAACAAAUUUCCGAACUGUUAUGCUGAUAAAUUCAGCGGUCUGAAUCAUCACCGAGCAACAGGGUUCAAUUCAACUGUUGGACAGCGAAUGUUCUGGACUAGUUGCCCGUUUUGCACUAUUAAAUUCCCGUGCCAGAAAGAAAAUGUGAGUAGUUCUUUGCGGUGCCCUUACUGCUUAAAAGCCUUUAUUGCUUAUGGUAUCGGUGCUCAAGGCGUUUCCUUAGGAUCUAAAUGCAAUCAAUCCAGUCCUCAACACGUGUUUUCAAAAUUUGAGAUCCCAAAUCAGGGUGCCCCUAAGAUGGGUGUGCAAAGUAACACCAGAUUCUCAGCUCCUCGUGCAGGAUCUCAGGGGAGUGCUAAUAUUAAACCGUUUGGAUCAGAAUCAGGUAUUUGGACCAACAGCACUGCCAAAGUCAGUGGGGCCGUGAAAAUGAAAGAAAAUGUGACCUGGAAUGCUUAUUCAAUGAGUGGUAGAAUGCCCAAUGGUGAUGCGAUGACUAGAGAAUCAGAUCUGAAAAACAAAAACGGGAAGAGGGGAAGGAAAAGGGUAGGGGAAUCUAGUGAGAGUUGUGAUACAUCAAGUAGUGUUAACACAGAAGAUGUAGCUGUUGAGGAAAAUUUUGGAGAUCCUGCUACCAUGGGUGAUUCUGGACUUAAUGGUAAUCAAUUUGUACGAAGAUCAACUCGGCAAAGGCAACAUGUCUCAUACAAUGAAAUUGAUGAUGACAACAAUGACAUUGCCAUCCCUCCAAAGAGAUCACAGAGUGAUAGUAAAGAAGAGCAAGUGGAUUUUCUAGAUACUGAAGAUUUGAAAAGUGGUUAUGCAAAUAGUUUUCGUACUGAUGCAGAUAAUACAAGAACUGAAGUAAUAGAUGAUUCUCAAUUAGAUUCAGAAGCUAAAUUUAUUGAGUGUCCUGAUGCAGAAUUUAAUGAUUUUGACAAGGUUAAAGAGGAAAGUUGUUUUUCUGUUGAUCAAAUGUGGGCUUGUUUUGAUACAUUAGAUGGCAUGCCAAGGUUCUAUGCGCUGAUCAAAAAAGUAGUUAGUCCUGGAUUUAAAUUGCAAGUUACCUGGUUAGAAGCUGAUCCGGAAGAUGAAGCUGAGAAGAAUUGGGCUAGAAAGGAGUUACCCGUUGGUUGUGGCAGAUUUAAGCGUGGGAAGAGUCAAUACACUUUAGAUCGUCUUACAUUCUCUCAUCAAGUGCUUUAUGAGAAGGGUAAGAAGAAAGGUUUUUUAGUCAUAUAUCCUAGGAAAGGGGAGACCUGGGCUCUUUUCAAGGACUGGAAUAUAAGAUGGAGUUACAACAAAAAGAAUUUUAAACAAUUCAAAUAUGAAAUUGUGGAAGUUCUCUCUGAUUUUAUUUUGGGUAGCGGUGUAAAGGUUGCUUGCUUAGAUAAAGUUAGUGGUUUUGUUAGCCUGUUUCAGCGAACGGGCAAAAGCGAGAGUGAUUCAUUCUUUAUACGGCCCCACGAACUGUUUAGGUUCUCUCAUCGAAUUCCUUUUUUCAGAAUGACUGGCGCUGAAAGAAGCGAAGUUCCAAAAGAUUCUUUUGAACUUGAUCCCAGUUCCCUACCUCUAAAUCCUGAGGAUGUAUGGUAUCCUGAUAAGGGCAAGGCGGGCAUUCAACAUGGAUGGUGAAGUUAAUUGUUCACCACCAAAGUCAACUAAAAAGCAAUUUGGCACCUGAGUAUGAGUAUGCCAAAAACCGUUGUGGACUUAGAUGAUUGUUGAGAAAAUGUCUAAACAGUAAACACCAAAUAACUUCCAUUUUAUAGUAAAUUUAAUGCGGGGUUUUGCUUUCCAGUUCACUGGUAAGGAAAAGUUCUUUUUGCAAGCUGGGAGCUUUAAUUCAGCCACAGUUCCAGGGAGAAUAUAUGGAAGAUGUAGUUGAGGAACUUGAAUCCUUGUGACCUGAAACUGUUACUAGAAAUAAUUUAUUCGCCAUGUGUAUUUUAACAUAUUGCUUUGAUUGUUAUCUACUUUUUUAAUUGUAACUGUUUCAUUCCAGAUAGAGGUUGAACCUUGUGUUUUGCCUUGUGGCAAAUCUUCGGUUAGGUCUGUUUCUUAGAUGAUGUAAAGAUCUAUUGGACAUGUACAAGUAUGCAACUUAAAAUGAUCUUUUCUUUUUCUUCUGCUA